AACCCUAUGGUAUUCUGUAUCAACGUGACUCAUCCCGUUCAUUCUAUACCUCACACAGCAUACGCGUAUGACCCCUGAGUCUAUAGGAAGGCAGUUCCCGUAGUCUCCAAGCAAACGUGGAGGUAAAGGUACCGAAUACUGAAUGGCAAGCCACACAACGGGGCUGAGGCUAACGCUUAGAUGACUGCAUAGGUACACACAUAGUGGCAGUUGAAUAACGCGGGACUUACACAGACUGGCAAAAGAGGAUACAUAAACUACUGCGGGUAGAGAGUACCACUCAACCACGUUAUUCAGAGGAUUAGGCUUAACUAGGUCUGCUACAUCCGGUAUCACCUGACUUACCAGGACUUGGGAUAGAGUUCUUUACCUGUAGUUGCACAGUUAGCACAGAGUUCGAGGCGGCAGUCAACUAUUUGUCGACUUUCAAAGGUGGGAUAGUUCGAGCUUCCGGGUUUAGACCUUCAAGUGGCUGAGAAAGUGGAUUAAGUGAGUCUACAAACAAGGCGAUUCCCUAGUGACAAGGGCUAAAGGGUCAUCUUUGGAGAAGGAUUUUCAGCAGAGACAAACACGGAAUAGAUCACUCAGUAAUUACGACCGUUGUCGUAUGAAUAUGGCAGCGAAACCAUCUGGUAACGCCGACAAAGACAGCAAAUCAAGUCGUUUCGCCAAACGCAAGAAACACCGCGCUAAACGUGCCCGGUCCGACGGGUUUGUGGUCGGUUUGGAUCUCACCCACGGGUCAGAGGACGAAGAAGAUGAAGGGCAUCAUAAACACAACCUGAGCGAGGCGGCGUCCUUCCUGGCAUGGAUUCGAAACCCGACUGUCCAGAACCUGGCCAAACUGAGGCGUGCCAUCAAGGCUGAUGACAAGGACUGGAUGGAAGAAUUCUUGGAAUACGACGGACUGGGAUUACUGUUUCAAUGCCUCAAGGACCUGAGCAUGUGUAAGGGACAUCACCUGUCAGACAUGGUUCUUAGGAUGGAGUGUAUUAUGUGUGUACGAGAAGUGAUCAAUUCACAGGUGGGCAUGGAGUCCUUACUCAAGCUCAGAGGCAAGACCAAUAUCUUUGGCAACCGUUUCGCAUCAGCUCUGGAGACGAAGAAUCUGAUGGUGAAGAUGCAGAUAUUUGAGCUGUUGUCCGCCUUGUGCGUUUACUCCCGGGCUGGCUACACUUUGACACUAGACGCUCUGCAGAGGUACAAGGCCUGGCAGAGGUUGCCUUAUCGCUUCAGUCUGCUCAUCCAGGAGUUGCGCACUUCAGAACUUCCGGCCUAUAAAUCAGCCGUCAUGGCGCUUAUCAACUCUGUUAUUGUGGCCAAUGAGAAUAUUCGUGACAGGGUCCGUAUCAGAAGCGAGUUUGUGUCCCUUAAUCUUUUGGAGAUCAUCCAUCAGCUGCGUGCAGAGGACGACGAGUACCUUAACGUUCAGUGUGACGUGUUCGAGGAGGAACUGAACGCUGACAAUGAAGCUCUACAGGAGAUGAACGACGGCAGUGUGGACAUCAGUAACACACAGGAACUCUUCAAGGCCAUCCUGCAGAGGGUCAAGGACACACCAAUUGAAGGACCAUUCCUGGGCAUUCUUCAAAACCUCUUCCAGCUGGAGACGAAUUCCCUUAACAGUGAGACCCUGUGGGAUACGGUGGAGAGGAACACCCAGGAGGUAGUGAGCUCACACGAUCACCCCAGCGACGGUUUUCAUCACAGGCACAGCAUCCCGUCCGGUAUGGGAGGCCCUAACUUCAGACCCGUUGUCCCAAUGGCGGAUAAAGGAGUGCAAACCGAUGACCAAAUGUCCCGGAUGUUACAGAGAAGUUCUGCUCUCCGCGGGCAAGGUCUGCUCGGUGGCAAGAAUGGCCCAGGUAGCACUAAGUCCUCCGAGUCCAAGUCCUUGACCGCCCCCCGCUUUAGCCGCUGCGACGAUGGAGCACAAUCUGGCGUCCCGGCGCCACCGCCAUCUCCACCGCCGGCACCUAUGCCUCCUUCAGCGGCGCCACCGCCUCCACCAGCACCGCCCCCGCCUGGAGGGGCCCCACCGCCGCCGCCACCUCCUCCACCACCUGUAGGUGGACCACCGCCGCCACCACCACCUCCCGGGUGCCCUCCUCCGCCUCCUGGACCCCCUCCCCCUCCCGGGGCUCCGGGGAUGGCACCGCCACCUCCUGUGGCUAUCAAGACGAUCAGUACCCCAGCUCCGAACUGUAAAAUGAAGACUCUAACGUGGAAUAAAGUGCCAACACAUGCCUACAACAAAAACAGUAUAUGGGAAGACGUGUUGAAAAUGGAUGACGCUAUUGACGUGGAAUAUGAGAAACUGGAGGAGCUUUUAGCUGUGAGCACUCCCAGUACACCGACAGACACGGAGAAACCCGUUAACAACAAACGGGCCAGCACCCAUAGCUUGGAGAUUACUCUCAUUGACGCCAAGAAAAGCAUGAAUCUGAACAUAUUUCUGAAACAGUUUCGGAAAUCCAACGAAGAAAUCGUUGAGCUUUUGAAGAAAGGCGAUCCAAGAGCUAUUGGUUCAGAACGAUUGAAAGGCCUGUUUAAACUUCUGCCCUCUCUAGAAGAGGUAGACCUCUUACAAGCCCAUGAGGACGAAAUGGAGAAACUGGGUCCUGCUGAGAAGUUUUACCUAAUGCUAAUAAAGGUGCCUUUCUACAGUCUGAGGCUAGAGGGCAUGAUCCUGAAGGGUGACUUCAAUUCUCAGAUGGGGGUGAUCCGCCCAAACCUACUGGCACUGUCUUCAGCGUGCAGAAAGCUUAUAGAUAAUAAGUCCGUCAAAAAAUUCCUCCGCUAUGUCCUUCACGCUGGGAACUUUAUCAACAAGGGAAACAAUGCCGGCAAUGCGAUUGGUUUCCGAAUUUCGUCCCUGAAUAAGCUAGCUGCCACCAAAACAAAUCAACCACGGGUAACUUUGCUGCACUACCUAGUGCAGCAAGCUCUUGAGAAAGACAAGGAAGCUUUGAAGUUUGCCGAUGAUCUCAUGGAAAUACUACAAAGGGCUGCUCGGACUACUCUCGAAGGGAAUGUCGCUGAAUUUAACCAAAUCAGGAACAAUGUGAACAAGCUAAAGAAGGAAUUAGAAGGUGCCGACGAAAGCAUUCGGGAGCAGUUCAAAUCAUUCCUUGAAGAGGCUGAGAUGGACCUGGAGGACGUAGAAGAGUGUAUAGAGCGCGUGAGAAAACAAUCCAAAAGGCUGGCCGAACAUUACUGUGAGAACCCAAACUCCUUCAAAAUGGACGAGUUCAUGGACUCAUUCCGAGAGUUCUGUGAGAAGGUCAAGCUCUGCGAACAGGAAAACGACAACCGGCGGGUCCAGGCGGAAAAUGCAGAAAAGAGGCGAAAGGCGCACGAAGGAAUGGCCGGCAGACGGAAAUAUGGUUCAUCGAACCCAUCUGACGGACAGAAGAAGAUUGUGGAUGGACUGGUGAAUGAGAUCAAGAAAGGUGCGGUAUUACGUCGGUUAUCCCUGCGACGAAAAGCUCAGCUAGCUACCAAGGACAUGGGAGAGAGUGAAAUAUAGCGCACAUCUAUUCACCGAUAUGAACAAUGCCCACUGUAAAGAUGGGGUGAUAAGUGUUUGUUGUAGUUCACUUUAUCCCGCUGGUAUUCCAUUGCACUAAUAAAGAGAAAUAUGCCCGUCAGCUUCCCCUACCAGUUGCCAGAAGGUUCGGUUGUGAAGAUUAAUAAAGUGUGACAACGAGCAGCACAAUAUAGUGGCUUUUUAGGCUUUACAUCACAUUACCUAGAAACAACAUUUGACCAACGGAAUGCGUCUGAAAAACAAGACGUGAAAAUACAACCAACUUGCUGAAUUGUGGAGGUGGAGCGGCUGAAUUGUGGAGAUGGAGCUGCUGAAUUGAAGAUACGGAGUUGCUGAAUUAAUGAAACGGAGUUGCUGGAUUGUGGAAAUGGAGGUGCUGAAUUGUGAAGAUGGAGUUUCUGAAUUGUGGAGAUGGACUUGCUGAAUUGUGAAGGUGCAUAGAAACUCGAUCCACUCCCAGAGUUGCUGAGAAGAAACUGAAAGUUAAAGCUAGUGCGUUUCUCUUGGAAC